GAGCGGGCGGGGCCUCAAACUUAGGCUCCGCCUCGCGGUCACGUGCUUCCUCUCUCCAACCAGACACAGGGCGGCGGUGCUCGCGGGAAGCGCCUGCCCGGAGGGGCUUCUCCGAGGGUGCCGCCGCGCUGAUGUCGGAGUCGGGGAGGCUGGUCCUGCGGCCCUGGAUUCGAGAGCUGAUCCUGGGCCCGGAGACACUGUCAAGUCCACGAGCCGGGCAGCUGCUCAAGGUACUCCAGGACUCGGAGACCCCGGGUCCAUCCUCCGCCCCUGACAUCCCUGACACCGGGGCCGUGUUGCUCGUGUCAGACGGAACUCACAGUGUCCGAUGCGUGGUGACGCGCAACGCCAUCGACACCUCCGACUGGGAGGAGAAAGAGUUCGGAUUCCGCGGGACAGAGGGCCGGCUCCUGCUGCUGCAGGUCUGCGAGGUCCGCAUUCAGAUUGCUCAGGACCAUGAGCCUGCCGAGUUCUACCUCCAGGUGGACCGCUUUAACCUGCUGCCCAUGGAGCAGCCCCGGGUCCAGGUGACUGGUUGCAACCAGGAUUCAGAUGUGCAGAAGAAGCUCAAUGACUGCCUUGAGGACCACCUUUCAGAGUCUGCUUCUUCCAGUGCAGGCCUGACACUGUCUCAGCUUCUGGAUGAGGUGAAGGAGGACCAGGAUCAUCGAGGGGCACUGGUGCGUCUAGCCGAGAGCUGCCUGGUGCUAGCAGGCCCUUGCACAACAACCCCCCUCACUCACUGGACUACCUCUUGCUGCCAGGCCACGGGAGAAGCUGUGUUCACUGUGUCUAGCUUAUUGCUGCACAUCUCUGAGAAUGAGGAGAAAAUCCUGAGUUCUAUCGACUCAAAUCAGAAGGUACAGGCAACCCCCAAUUCCCUUGGCCACAUACCAUUAGAGGAAAGUGGUGCCAGUGUUAGCCUUCUGUCAGCCUUGGCUACAUCGGACCCUGGGCAGAAGAGCAGCUUCCAGCCUCUACCAGCUGUUUGCUCAACCCCCCCAAUAUGUGAAGCCCCCAAUUCUUCACCCUGCAGUUCUACACCCAGCUCCCCUCUCCUGACCUGCACCCCGAGUCUCUCACCCCUUAGCCAUGCCCCCAGAGCAAACCAGGUCUUCGUGACCAGAGCCCAGGUUCACAACCAGGAGAUCAAGGAGUGCCAGAGGCCCAUCAAGAAACGGCAGCUUUUUCCAAGAACUGGAGCCAAGGCAGCCCAGGAGCCCUGCUCUGUCUGGAUUCUUUACCCCUUCCAGGAACCUCCAAAGAGGCAUCAUGAUGCUUCUGCUUUCCAGUAUAAAUACGACCCACCCUCUGCCUCCCUCCAUGCUCAGGUCCAAACUGUCAGGCUCUCUCCUCACCUGGUAGCUUGGGCCUUGAACUUGGUGAUGGAGUCAGAGUCUGAGUUAACACAGGUCUGAGGAGUCACUUGGACCUGUCAGA